UGACGAACUGACGUCAUUCCAAAACAUCUGUGAGAAACGCGUGCGCGAGGGAUUGUGGGAGAGGCGGGUAUGUUUCCAUCAUGGCGGCGUCGAUUUCGGGUUAUACUUUUAGUUCUGUGUGUUAUCACAGCGCCAACAGCAACUCAGACCAUGAGGGAUUUCUGUUGGGAGAAGUGAGACAAGAGGAGACUUUAAGCAUAAGUGACUCUCAUAUUAGUACGUCAGAAUUCCUGCACAUAGUAGAGGUCCAUAAUCAUGAACCAUGUGCACAACUCUUUAGCUUUUAUGACUACGCAGGUAAAGUCAAUGAAGAAAAUCUCAACCGAAUCCUCAAAGACAGAAGAAAAAAUGUUAUUGGCUGGUACCGGUUCCGCAGGAACUCGCAGCAGCAGAUGUCGUUCAGGGAACAGGUGAUCCAUAAGCAGCUCACGCACAUACUGGGCAUCCCAGAUCUCGUCUUCCUUCUCUUUAGCUUCAUCUCGACAGCCAACAGUUCAACACAUGCACUAGAGUAUGUUCUCUUCAGGCCCAACAGAAGCAGGUAUAAUCAGCGGAUAUCUUUGAGCAUCCCAAACCUGGGCAACACCAGUCAGCAGGAGUAUAAAGUGUCUUCUGUCCCCAACACAUCCAAGAACUAUGCCAGUGUUAUUAAAGAACAUGGAGCUGAGUUUUUCGACAAGGAUGGAGUGAUGAAAGAUAUUCGAGCCAUUUUCCAGGUGUACAGUGCCCUUCAGGAGAAGGUGCAGGCUGUUUGUGCGGAGGUGGAUCAAAGUGAACGAGUGAAGGAGAAAAUCCAGGAGGAAGUUAAGAAGCUGAAAGAGGAGAUUGCUCUCAGAAAAUGUAGCACUGCUGCAGAGGAGAGGAGAAAUCAGGAGACUCAGAAUUCUGAUGUCCACUCGCUGCAGGACGAAUCAGUUCUGUCUGAUUCAUCUCCUCCCUCGCUGACACGCGUGGCUCUCCAGAGCCCUCCACUAGAGCCGAGCCUGGAUUGGCAUGCAAACUCUGAGCCUGUGGCACUUUACACCAGUGAGCUGGCACCCGACCCACCCAGUGCCAUCCUGCUGCCCCGCCCCCAGGCAGUGGGCUCGCCUGGACAUCCCUCACCUAGUCCAGGCAUAGGCAUGGGCAAUGGAGACGGCUCCAGCUCCGACUCUCUAAACCGGCACACCAUUGGCCAGGAAGAUCAUGAUGACGAUGAUGAGGACAGUAGUGAAUAUGAGAACUUGGUUAGUGAGCAGUUUCAAUCCCCUCAUUUGACUGAAUCUUUAGGACGGCCGGCCACACUCUGGCCUGACGGUGACGCUCAUAGCUCUAGUGGUUCGUCCUGAUCCAGCACCCAAAUCAGGGGAGAAAACAGACAGAGCUAGGCAUUAUAAGAAAUGAGAGGCGGAAGGAGAGGCCCGGGAGAGAAUGGCAGGUGACCGCUGUAUCUCGCUGCAGGACGGCAGCAGGGAAAAAUCCCUUAUUUUACACCUGCCAUUUUGACCAAGUGAACUCUCUCUCUCUCUCUCUCUCUCUCUCUCUUUCUCUCUUUCUCUCUCUCGCUCUUUCUCACUCUCUCUCUUUCUCUCGCUCAUUCUCUCUCGCUCUCUCGUUCUCUGCCUCUUUCUCUGCCCCUUUCUCUCACACAUCCCAACUCUACCUGAGAGGAGAGAUGUCAUUCCACUCAUCAAUUACUUUUAAGCACUGCUACCGACAUAGAUCACGCGAUUAAUAGCAUUUACCACUUGCACUACUUCUGGCCUUCUCUCAAUCCCCAUUCAAGUAGAAAAAGCAAAGGGAAAGAUGUCUUUUGCGGCCUUCAAUCUCAUCUCCGUGUGAGCUUUAUUGCCACUGACAAUUGUUUUUCAGAUGGACUUUAAACGAAUCUGACUGCUUUUAUCCACUCAUGAAAACUGAACUUUUGCUCUACAUUAACAGUUGUUGGCCUCUUCAUGGAAACUACCAAAAAAAAAAGGAUACUUUGGCCAUUUAUGUUAUUUUGAUUAGGGGUGCUUCUAAUACUUUUACAAAUACAGAUUAGUAAUACCAUUUGAUUUGAAUUGAUUUAAAAAAGUCUCCCUUAACGAACAGCUCUUUUGUGUUCAUCUGCACUUUUCCUUGUACUUUAUAAGAAUCCUUUCACUCAUAUGGUCGGAGUAAACGUCUCUCUUCCAUA